AUGGCAUCCAGGCAGGAGCCUAUUCCUGAAGGAUGGGAACCUGUCAGUGGUCACCACCACCAUGCAGGUCUCAUCAAUAUUAAUGAGACAUGCUAUCAAAAUAGUGUUUUGCAGGCCUUGUUCCAUAUCCCUGCUUUCAUUACAAUAUUGACUGUUGAGGGGCCUCAGUGCAAGAAAAAUCCUUGCACCUCUUUACUGUGUGCUGUGUACAGCGUGUUUUGCGAAAUGAAGAAAAACAAAACUGUCAGUCCAACUGCAAUCACGUCUCUGUACCCUUUGCACUUCAAGCUGUUCCAAUUGGGCAGGCAGGAGGAUGCCCAUGAGUUUUUGGUCCAGUUUGUCGAAAUAAUAUCCAGUGAACUGCAAAGUAGGAUCCUGCAGCGAUUGGAAGGUGACCCUGCAGUGGACAUCAUACCUGCAACUUACAGGUGUUUUGGUGGAUUGCUGGGAUUGACAGGAAUUUGUUCAUGCAAGUCCAUCCAUGAGGUGGAUGAUUUUUAUUUGCACUUAUUUAUGCCCCUGUCUCAUGAUACUAAUUCCAUUCAGAGAGGUAUUGAACAAUUACUAAACGAAACAGAGGAUGUGCUCCAUGACUGUGAGGCGUGCAAAAAGAAAAUGGCUAUAUUUCACAAUAGUGUAAAAGUGAAAUACUAUCCCCAAUAUCUUGUUGUUCAAUUUCCAAAAGAAUCUUAA